CCUUGUCGCAUUUGUACCUGCACAGCUUGCAUGAAAAAAAAACAUAUAUUAAGGGCAGCAUCUUCUGCGCUUUCAUGGCAUCGCAUCCCUCUCAAUCAUCAAAUAUGAAAUUGUCAAUUCUUUCAGCUCUUUUGGCCCUCUCUGUUGCCACUGCAUCUGCUAGCUCUAUCUCUGGUACCAUUUACGUAUAUGUGAACAGUAUCCCCCACCCCAAAACCACUUUCGUCAAGAAAGGCUCAAACAAUCAGUUGGUGACUGAUGGUGCUGGCUGCAAGGGUAACAAAACUUUGCCUGGAAAGGACGGUGCUCUGUCUGCCACUUUUACCACAGUCAACAACCAAUGGGAUUUCAAUGGUGAACACGACAAUGAAAUUAGCAUGGGUUACAUCAAGGUCAAGGAUAAUAAAUGUCUUUCUCUCACCAAGGGUAAUCCAUUGAAAAUUGCUUCUUGUCCAUCGUUCGACAAGGAAAUCAAGGUUGGAAACAAGUUUGCCUGGUUCCAUGACAAGCGUAACAGUGCUAUUUGGGCUUAUGGCGGAGAUGCUGAUGCUGACGAAUCCAAGGGUAUCAGCUUUGCUGCUACUAAUCUCCAAACCAAUGGCAAGACUUUGAAAGGCGUUUCAAUGCACGAAAAUUCCCUCGAUAACGUUUUCAUGGGUCUUGGCCAUGUCAACUUGGGUGGUACUGGCAAAACCCCUACCGGCUGCGCUUAGACGCCUUCCUUUUGUACACAAGUAUCCCAUGAAUAAAAUAUCAUAUCCUUAAAUGCCCAACUUUAUCCCAUUGUUACGUUUUCCAUUCUAUAUUUCUUGUUUCGUUUUAACAUUUUGGCGAAGUAUUACCUUGUUUUUCUUUAAUGAUUGUAUACAGCUUAUCCAACAACAGUGUAGACUUGAUGUAAAAGCGCCUGAUUCGAAAAUUAACCCCAGUAUUACAC